CCCUGAGCUAUGCAGCCUGACGGACCCUACAUCUGCGCUCCUGUGUUUUAAAUCCCACCAUAUGGACUUUGUAUUGGAGACCCGCGCCGCUUCAUAGUCUCCAGUUGAGUUAUCAUUGUUGAAUUAGUUCUCAUCAUGCUGAAGAACAACGCGAAGAAGGCAGCGAUCACUGCGGCCAGCGCAGCAUCCCUGGGUCUGCUGCUGCUCGUGCUCACCGUGCAGCUGCGCCGCGUCCAGGUGGACGAGGGGACGCGCGCGGAGGAGCCAGAGAGCGCGCAGGUGAAGACGGGCUUCUCCGCGUACUUCACCAAACUGGCGCGCGGCCGGCGGGAGGCGGAGAGACCCGCGCGCUCCGCGGGGUCCGGCGCCGCGCAGCCGCCCCCGGCCGAGGACAUCACCGCCGAUGACGUGUUCAUCGCGGUGAAGACCACCAAGAAGUUCCACCGCUCCAGACUGAGCCUGCUGCUGGACACGUGGAUCUCCAGGAACACGCAACAGACGUACAUCUUCACAGACGGAGAAGACGAGGAGCUAAAAAAGAAAAUGGGGAGUCAUACAAUCAACACCAACUGCUCUGCAGCCCACAGCCGACAAGCUCUGUCUUGCAAGAUGGCGGUGGAAUAUGAUAAGUUCAUAGAGUCUGGGAAGAAGUGGUUCUGUCAUGUUGAUGAUGACAACUACGUGAAUGUUCGGACUCUAGUGAAGCAGCUGUCCCAGUACCCCCACACCCAGGACAUGUACAUCGGCAAACCCAGUCUGGACCGGCCCAUCGAGGCCACAGAGAGGCUGGGCGACAAUAAGAUGAAACCAGUCAACUUCUGGUUUGCGACUGGAGGAGCGGGUUUCUGCGUGAGCCGGGGUCUGGCGCUGAAGAUGAGCCCAUGGGCCAGUGGCGGCCACUUCAUGAACACAGCGGAGAAAAUCCGUCUGCCCGACGACUGCACCAUCGGCUACAUCAUCGAGUCGGUUCUCGGGGUUCCGCUCACCCGCAGCAACCUGUUCCACUCCCACCUGGAGAACCUGCAACUGGUGUCGCGAUCUGAGAUUCACAAACAGAUCACCCUCAGUUAUGGGAUGUUUGAAAACAAGAGCAACAUCAUCAAUUUGAAAGGGGCGUUUUCUGUGGAGGAGGAUCCAUCAAGGUUCAAGUCUGUGCACUGUUUCCUGUACCCAGACACCCCGUGGUGUCCUCCUCAGGUUGCCUAUUAGGGCGACCGCUCCUUUCUCAUCCUCGUCCCCGUCGUGCCUCGGUAUCUGAAAGGCUCGAGGGGACCAGUGUUUGGUAUUAGACCGCGCGGCUGCUAUAACUGCAGCGGUGCGCGGUCUUUAAUAGUUUAACUGGGCUGCUGUGCGGCCCGCAUUGGGACUAUUCCUUCCUGUCCGGAUCUAGGAACACCCCCUGCUCCCCAUGAUGCUGGGGGGCGGAGGGCUCCAGCUCCUGGCAGGAAGUAGCUUUCAGCGCUACGCUUUGCAGGCAAUCAUUUGAGCUUUGUGAUGUAUAUGUUGCUUGUAAAUGUUUGCAAUUCUCAUAGAAUGUAUUGUCAUAUAUUUGAGCAUUUUUGCCAGCUUUACAUAAAAUUAUUAUUUUGUUUAAGCUUUUAAAAAUGCCAUUCAGGUCCA